AUGCAAGGUUUACCUGGAUAUCCAGGUAAAGAUGGUAUACCUGGUAAACCUGGAAUAAUUGGUCCACCAGGAAAAAAAGGAGAUAAAGGUGAUAUGGGAGUACCAGGAAUGCCAGGGAGAACGGGAUUGCCUGGUGAACCUGGAAGUGUUGGAAAACCAGGAAUACCAGGUGAAGUAGGAGAAAUUGGACCACCAGGAUUAGAUGGAAAACGAGGACCACAAGGUCUGCAGGGAAUACCUGGAUUACCAGGAUCAAAAGGAGAACCAGGUAAAGAUGGCUUACCUGGACUUCCUGGUUGGUUAGUAAAUGAUAAAGGUUAUUGUAUUUUAAGUAUUGGAAAUUGUCCACCAAGUUUUGUAGAAAUUAGACAAUAUGAAAUGUAUAUUGAUCAAUACAAAUUUGGAGAAUAUGCCUUAUCAAGAACAGAUCGUAUGGAUAAUCGUGAAGAAAGAAUUCCUUUAAAAGUUCAAGCUUGUUGCCACUAG